AUGGAAGUAGACUGCGAUAAAACGUAUAAUUUAUUUCAUUCGUAUAGAAAACAUCGUUUAAUAAAACACGAAACUCAUUUUUCUACACCGAAUGAAAGUGAUACCGAUUUUCUCGAAGAAAAUGAUCUGGCUUACGGAUAUUCGAACGAUUUUAAUUUUCAUAAUCCGGAUAUUCCAUUCUACGAUGAUUCUGAAAGUUCAUCUGACGAAUCUGAUCAUAUCCCAUUAAAUUUAUCGAAUUCAAGUACAUCACAUUCUUUUAGUGAAAAAGUAUGUUUAUUCUUAGCAAAAUUACAUAGUCACAGAGAUUUGUCUAGGAAAAGAGCCGGUGAAAUAAUAACAGAAGUUUCAACCUUAUUAGAUAGUGCGAUUCAAGACAUUCGAGAUGAAAUACAGAGCAAAUUUGAACAAUUAAAGAAAAAUUCGCUGGACUCUUUUGAAAUCAAUCAGAUAUUAAACAAGUUUUUAGCAUCAUUUACAGAUUUUAACACAGAAGCAAAACGGUUUAGUCAUUUUAAAAAACACGAAACGUUGAUACUACCAGAAUCUCAUAAGCUGGGGGAGAUGCAAGUUAUUGUUGAAAGAGAAGGCGAGAAAGAGAUUGUUAUGAAAGAUAUUGUUGAACAAUUUAUUCCGAUGAGACAUGUUUUUAAACAAUUUUUUGAAUUACCAGACUUGUUUAACAAUACUUUACAAUAUCUGAAUGAUCUUCAAAAACAUUCAACGUUAGUUACUAACAUUGUUAAGGGUUCACUUUGGAAAGAAAAAAUUAAAAACUAUCCCAAUAAAACUGUAUUCCCGAUAAUAUUGUACUUCGAUGACUACGAAACGAAUAACCCUCUUGGCAGCCAUAAAGGUGUGGCCAAGUGCGGAGCGGUUUAUUUGGAUCUUCCGAUUUUGCCCCCCGAAUAUCAGUCGAAACUAGAAAAUCUCUUUCUAUUCAUACUAUUUAAUACUGACCAUCGAAAACUAUUUUCGAAUCGAAUCGUUUUUCAAAAACUGCUUGAUGAACUCAAGCUUUUAGAACGCGAAGUUUUAACAGGCGGUGAUAAUUUGGGGGUAAACGGUAUUUUCGGUUUCGUUGAGUGCUUCGAUGCUAAUUUUUUCUGUCGAUUUUGUCUCACGCAAUAUAAAGAUCUAAAAUCGGUAUUUCACGAACGCGAUUUAAUUCUUCGUAAUAAAGAAAAUUAUGCAGCUCUUUUAGCUGAAGAUAAUGUAUCAUUGUCAGGAAUUAAAGAACAGUGUGUGUUCAAUGACAUUGAUAGUUUCGACGCAACGAAAAAUAUGUAUCUCGAUCCUAAACAUGACUUUUUAGAUGGGCCAAAAGUAUCUGAAACCGAUGAAGUUUGGGGCUUACUUAUCAGAGUCAAAUCAAUUGUCGAAAUUAUAUUCAGUAAAGUCAUUCAUGUUGAAACGCAUAAAUUAUUAAGCACAGAAAUUACGGAAUAUCUAAAACUCCUUUCGAAGAAGUUUCCUAAUUUGAUGAGACCUAAGCAUCAUAUUUCAUUGCACUAUCCCAGUGGUAUUAGUAGGGGAGCCCAAUGUGUUUUUUGGGAUUUACUCGAGCGCGGCAGAUGA